CUGUUCAGAGUAUGUGAUGAAGACACCGAGCCAUUUGCGUGGCGAUCACGAUCACUCUCCACGGCAGCCAUAGAGUCAUAGUUGAGUACAAAAGGGCACAGCACAUCCUCACCCACCACCAUUAAUACAUGCUAUUACUUCAAAAACAGCUAAGAAAUCACUCCCAGCCCCCUCACCUCUGCCUCGAGCAACCCUUCCACAGCAACCAUGUCAUCCCCCGAAACCCCCAACAAACCCCCAAUCCGACGCUUCCCCGCGACCACCCCACCGCAAACCCUCUGGCAAGCGGUCUGCGAUGACGGCGCCGCCAUAAUCGAAGGCUUUCUUCCCGCCCACACGAUCGAGAAAUUUGACCAAGAGCUCUCGCACCGCUCCGCCACGACGACGGGAGGGCAAAUGAACCAAGAAUUCUACCAAAUGCCAGUCCCCACCACGACGAAAUGGAUGAACGACCUGACCGCCACAUGCCCGACCUUCCGGCAUCAGAUCCUCAACAACCCGGUCCUGCACAGCCUCUGCGAGGAAGUCUUCGCGCCGCACGGGGACUACUGGCUCCUCAACGGCAUGGCCAUGGAGAUGAUGCCGGGCAACCCGACCCAGGAACUGCACAACGACCACGGCACGCACCCGAUCCUGCAGUAUCUGGCAGACGACGCCCCGUCGCCGGUGUUCAGUAUCAUCACGGCGGUGAACGAGUUCACGGAGGCGAAUGGCGCCACGCGCGUGAUCCUGGGGAGUCAUCGGUGGCCGAAGGGCCAACGCGGGAAGGAUGAGCAGACGGUCCGCGCGGUGCUUAAGCCCGGGGACGCGCUGGUGCUGUAUCGAACGACGAAGCAUGGCGGGGCGGCGCAUGGCGCGGAGAACCCCGAUCAUCGACGCUUGUUGUUGCUGUCGGUCGGGAGCUGUCAGCUGGCGCCGUAUGAGACCCAUGUCACCGUGCCGCGGGCGGUGGUGGAGAGUAUGACGCCCCUGGCGCAGAAGAUGAUUGGGUGGCGGAGUACAAAGCCGGUGAUUUCGAAUGUCACGGGGUUGAAUACGGUGCGCAUGAAGCAUCUGGAGACGCAGAUUGGGUUGAGAUCGGAGGUGCCGUUGGAGGGGGAGUGCUGAGGUUGCUGCCGUGGGGUAGUUUCGGUGUUGAUGGUUCGGGAGGGGGAAUCCGCUGGGCAAGGCUUGGAAGGUCUACGUGGGUUCACUCCUGCUUAGGAGAAGACUGCAAAUCCACCCAUAAAGCUCUCAACC